CAGCAACCACAACUCCAGCAGCAACCACAACUCCAGCAGCAACCACAACUCCAGCAGCAACCACAACUCCAGCUCCAGCAGCAACUACAACUCCAGCAGCAACCACAACUCCAGCAGCAACCACAACUCCAGCAGCAACUACAACUCCAGCAGCAACCACAACUCCAGCAGCAACCACAACUCCAG